AUGGGUAAUGGUGCAUGUCACUAAUAAGUUCCUUCUAUAGAUGAAGUAAAUUUAGUAGCUAGAAACUUUAAAUAAAAAUUUGAGCCUUGCAAUAGUUAAUGUAUAUUACCACUCUUGAAUUCAUAAUCUUAAAGUCCAUCUAAACCUAGUAUUGAAUCAAAGAAUCCAACCAUUGCUAGAUUAGAUGAAGAAGAAUUUGAAAUAUUGAUGACUAAUGAAGACAAAUACGAUCAAGAUUUAUCGCCUGUCAGAUAAAGUAAAUUGUCUAGAGCUUAGUCUCCCACUAAACCUAUCAAAUCUAAACAUCAUUAUAAGUAAGAAGAGAUUUUCUUUUUGGAAUUACUUAAACAAGAUAAAACUAACAUCACUAGAAGAAAAUCAGCAGAUAGAUAACUAAGUCCUGUAAAGGUCAUACAUUCAAAUCAUUAGAAGAAACAUAACACAGCAUUAUUAAUUCAUAGUCCUGAUUAGAGAUCAAAUAAACUUAUCAAAAUUAAUAGAUUAUCUUGCUAACUUGAUGAAGCUGUCAUUUUAUCUCUAGAACCUAAAUCAAUUUUGAAAUCUAUUGGAUCAGAAAAAUCCUUAUCAAAUUCACAAAAGAGUAAAACCAAUAGUCAAAAGAAAGUAAGAUUUGGAAUGGUGUAUCGAUAGUAUAAAUGA